UUCCUCGGCGACGCCGCGAGGCUGGGCCUCUCGGGACGGCAGCGGUACGCGCGUGGCCUGGGGACGUAAGAGGCAUGGGGACCCCUCCGGGCCUGCAAGCCGACUGCGAAGCGCUCCUCAGCCGCUUCCAGGAGACGGACAGCGUGCGCUUCGAAGACUUCACGGAACUCUGGAGGAGCAUGAAGUUCGGGACCAUCUUCUGUGGUAGAAUGAGAAAUUUGGAAAAGAACACGUUUACAAAAGAAGCUUUAGCUUUGGGUUGGCGAUAUUUUUUACCUCCAUACACCUUCCAGAUCAGAGUUGGCGCUUUGUAUCUUCUGUAUGGAUUAUAUAACACCCAACUGUGUCAACCAAAACAAAAGAUUAGAGUGGCCUUGAAAGACUGGGAUGAAGUUUUAAAAUUUCAGCAAGAUUUGAUAAAUGCACAACAUUUUGAUGCAGCGUAUAUUUUUAGGAAGCUACGACUAGACAAAGCAUUUCACUUUACUGCAAUGCCCAAAUUGCUGUCAUAUAGAAUGAAGAAAAAAAUUCAACGAGCUGAGGUCACAGAAGAAUUUAAGGAUCCAAAUGAUCGUGUAAUGAAACUUAUCACUUCUGAUGUAUUAGAGGAAAUGCUGAACGUUCAUGAUCAUUAUCAGAACAUGAAACAUAUAAUUUCAGCUGAUAAGUCCAAGCCAAACAAAGCCCUUAGCUUGAUAAAGGAUGAUUUUUUUGACAAUAUUAAGAACAUAGUUUUGGAGCAUCAGCAGUGGCACAAGGACAGAAAGAAUCCGUCCUUAAAAUCCAAAAUUAAAGAUGGAGAAGAAAAGAGAGAGAGAGAAGGAGAUUCUCAAGAAUCAGAGAGAUGUGAAAGGGCAGCGUCAUUAGCAAAAAUAAAAUCCAAGGCCUUUUCAGUUGUUGCUCAGGCAUCCAAGUCCAGAAGGCAUCGUCAAGUCAGACUUGACUCUUCUGACUCUGAUUCUGCACCUGGUCGAGGACAGAUUGAAGCAACUAAGAGAAAAAGAAACAAAGAAGCAUUGACAUCAUCAGGAAGGAAGAUGUCCUCCAAAAACAAAGGUCACCUAGCUGAUAAACAGCAGAACUCCUACUUGAACAAGAGUGUGGCUGAAUCCAAACCUGAGUUUUUAACUGGUACACUGUGCUGCCUCUCAGGUAAUUGGAAAUGUAGAUCUGGAGCUCAAAUUAGACAUGCACUUAAGUGAGUUUAUUCUUAAUCGACUUCUAGUUGCAUGUCUAGCAGUCAUUUGUUUUGAGGAUGAGCAAUGGUCUGUUACUGAUAAUUGCAUCCCACAUGACCAGCAUUGUGCACAGUAAAACCAGGUGUAUUACACCCCUGGGGAUUAGUUUCGUGGAUAACCGAGGUUAAUGAUUUAAAUGUUAAAACUUAAAAAAAAUUUAAUUAUUAUGGUUGAUAUUCUAAAAUAUAUUCUUUGUAGGUUUUUUGCUUUCUGCAAUGUGCAUUUAUUAUUUUUAUAAUUAGGAAAAUACUAAAAUAAAUUAUAUUUCAUGCACUCCCAUUUUCUCCAGCAAUGUACCCUGAAGAUAAUUUGAUUUUCUCUUGAUGAUUCAGGGUUAUCAUGAGCAUAUUAUUUUAAUGGGUUUUAUGAUAAUAUCAGAUAUCUCAAGCGGUGGGGAGGCAGUUUAUCUUUAUAAUAAAUGGCUUUAUGCUGGAGUACUUUGACAGUUAUUAUGUCUUUUUAAAUAAAAUAGCUUUCCUGUCUCAUUUGCUAUUCGUAGUUGUCUUCUUUCUGUCCUCAGUAUACAGACUUGUAGCAAUUUUAUGUCCUUUUGUUGCUUCAAACCUGUAGGAAACUGAUUGGCCAUUCGUUUCAGCUUUAUGUACAGUAAAUGCAAUUAGGUUCUGGAUAAAAGCUUAAGCGCACCUGCGACCAAAGUUCAUGAGCUUUUUUAACGUGCGGACUUAGAUAAAAGUCCUGAAGUUUUACGCUUUUACGUCUUUGCUCCUUCCUGCAUUCUGCAUGGCUGAGACAUUGUUUUCGGUUUUAAGAGCUGUUGAAGAACAUUGUUUUUUAUUCUUUUAAAUUAAUUUAAUAUAGAAAUAAAUCCCUAAAAUAUAGUUAAUCAUCAUGAAGCUUUGUUUCUCAAACGGCAGUUUUUAACUCGGAAAUCUUUCAGUUGACAUUGUUGGUUAGAUUCUAUUAGAUUGUAAUUACGGGUUUAAAAAAUCAUUAAUAAUUGAUGUGGAUGGACGUGGCUAGAAGACCGUGAAGAAAAGCGUUAGUAAUUUUGGGUAGACGGCACUAAUUAUAAUUUUGUGAACAACUAAAAAAAGAUUAUAGAUUUAAAGUCUAAAAAACGACAUGAUUAGGUAUAUAUAGAGAUUUCUUAAAAGAUUGUCAUCUUAAAGAUCUAUAAAAUAUCAUCAUUGUAUUUAAUGCUUAGGAUUUACAGGUAAAGGCCAAAUACUGUUUUAAUGACUUAGCAGGAAAUUGGCAGUAUUGAAUUGUUUAAAUUGUGUUUAAAAUGGAAGCCUAUUGCUAUAGUUUACUCAGCUCCAUCUUUGUGUACUCUGUUCAUCCCAUUAAGAUCCCAGUGUAUCCAUGUUCAGAGCAGAAAGCUUGAAUUCAUUUGCAUUUAAUUUGCUGCCUCCUAUGCUGACAGGGACUUAUUAACACAUCUGCUCUAUGAAAUAUUGUGUUAAUAGCUGAAAAUAGUUGAAACCAUAUGCCAGGCACUUUUCCAGUUGUGCUGGGGUACAUCAAGUCAACAAACCAAAAUCUACCCUUGUGGGACUUAUAUUCUAGUAGGAAGAAAUACUUAAAGAAACAAAUAGCGUAUCAGGUGGUAAAAGUUUUGUGGAGAAGAAUAAAGCAGCAUAAAGAAUAGAAAGAGACUGAAAGUAGGGUUGCUAUUGGGACAUGGAAGUUGUGUGCUAAAUAGGAUCUGAUAUCACAGUGGUAUUUGGUAAAUUUGGUUAGUAUAUCUCUUCAGGCAACAGGAGAUUCAUACAGAAAAUCUCCAGUGUUUUUGAAAAUGGGAAAUCAGUGGCAAAUUAUGACUAGAGAAAUGCAUCUUGUAGAACAUACCUGGUGACAAGAAGGUAUGCAUUCAAAAACAAGACUAUUAACUUUGAAUUAUAUUUGUGAUUAAUUACUUCAAUAAGAAUUAACAAACAUUGUUCCCUGAUAUCUGCAGAUGUAACCCCUUUGAUGUGUGGUAGAGAUUGAAUAAGGUAUUGAUGUUUGGCUAAUUUUGUUUCUUCCCUUUUAUCCUUUCUCUUGAGUGGGAGAAUUAGAGACUAAAAUUUUCAAAGCAUAGAUACAAAUAUAUUAAUACUUUUUAAAAAAGAUAAUAUUCUAAAAUGCGUAUUCCUGUUUGCCAUUACAGUUUUAGUGUUUAGCAUAAAUAUCUGAUUUUUAUGUUAUAGUAAUAAUGACAUUUUUUAUUUGUGUGAGUGUUUUCCCAAAGGUUA